AAUUCGUAAACGACAUUCCCGAAGAAAUCAAAAUGGAGUACAAAUCGUACGCCCGAAGAUGGCUUUUGUUGAUGAUACUCUGUAUCAUUUCUUUCACGCAAAUUUAUACGACAACAGGAUUUGCUAUUUUACACGAUGUCGUUGCAAAUUAUUUCUCCAUCACUCCCUAUCAAGCGGAUAUACUUACGAUGGUUGGACAGCUAAUUGCUUUUCCAGUAGGCAUAGGCACAGCCUACUUUGCCGAUAUUCUAUCCUUGCAAGCUUUGAUGCUGGGAAUGUUGAUUUCACUUGAGAUUGGUUCCUUAAUGUGCGCAAUAGGAUUUAGUUCAAGGGAAUUAUUCUACGUCACUGCUGUUGGAAGAAUCAUGAUGUCUUCGAUCAUGGGCGUGCUUCGCGCAACGCAAGUUGUAUUAGCAGCAAAUUGGUUUUUGCAAAAUGAAACAGCCACUGCGUUCGCGCUGCCACAGUUUUUCAUGAAAUUAGCUGGAAUCGCUGGUUCGCUGAUCUAUCCACACACUAUUCCAAAAGUGCAUAUUACUGCAAAUGGAACUGAGGAAUACACUUCAACGACAAUACUAUUCACCGCAACAAAUGGGAUAUUCAGUACCAUCGUUUUAAUUGCUCUUAUAGUUGGAGCGCUUUACUGCAAAAAUUAUCCGCCGUCACCUCCGAGCCGAUCUCAAGAACAACUUAUUUUAUCAACUACGGAUUCGGCAAAAAAUAUGACGAAUAAUAGACGCUUGAGCGCUAUAUGGAACGUUGUAAAUUCAAAACCAUUUGUUCUUAUUAGCGCGGCAUUUUUCUUCGCAAGCGUUUCACUUUCAUACGUGGUAUAUCUGAUGCCUUCUUUCGUCCUCUCGUCGUUUCCUGAGUUGGAUAAUACUACACCUGGUUAUAUUUCAAUUAGUAGGACAGCUGUGUCCGCUUUAAGUGCAAUGGCGACGGGGAAAAUCUUGGAUAGAUACAAAGCAUUCAAGCUGACUGCAUUCGUCGGUAUUGCCGGAGUGGCGUUGUCACUGUUAUGCCUUUAUUAUGCACAUUCCUACAAACUUCUUUCUCUGAUAUACACUGGGUACUGCGUGGCGGCUGUCGGUCAAAGUGUAUUGAUUACAGCCAAUGUGGAGCUUCUAGUCGAAACAACAUAUCCCUGUGAUAAGCUGCGUAUGAUGUCCAUAUACGGCGGCAUCGCUGGCCUCGGAGUGUUUCUUUGGACAAGUGCUAUAAGAGCAGUAAAGGAAAAGUUUAACGUUCCCAGUGCAACAAUCCUAGCGACUGCAGUUGCCACUGUAUCAAUGUUGCUAAUUCUAUCAGUGAGUCCAGAUUACAAACGACUAAAGACUGACAAAACCAAAUCAGAAACGCUCACCGAUAGACUCAAUGAAAACCAUUGACGUUGCUCCUACUAGAUGUGUGAUAAUUGAGUUUUACUCCCUCAUGGAUGAACAAUUAUUAUACAUUGUAAAUAUUACAUAAAGACAUUGUAUAUUGUAGUUCGCGAUUUGGGUUUGAUGCAACCAUAUUUCGAAACGUUUUUAUAAUUACUUUCGCAUUAUUUUGAGCAAAUGUUUUUAAUCUAUAAAUAUAAGUUUAACAUUCCUCACUGUUGGUAAUUUUCGAACAUUUCAUUCCAUUUCUUAAAAAUUCGUAGAAAUACCAGUUUUCCACACUUCGCGCCCUUCAAGAAAAAUAAUUUGAAAUGUAGGUGCGAUUCUCAAAGGUUCUUCUACGAAUAUAGUUGUAUUCAUUUCGACAUUUUAACCAGAGCAAUUAUCAGCAUUCACUUACUCACGUAUAAUAUGCAGGUACUGUAA